UUGUUCGAAAAAGCCAGCUCAUUCCUGGGAGCUGGCAUUCGAUGGAGAUUGAGGAGGUGCACUUCGCUGGUUCCCCGUUGGACCAGUACCUGAAGGAGGUUGGAUGUGAUUUGGGAUGCACCGUGGAGGCCCCCAAGGCCAAGAUGGAGGAUGCUCCACAGGCACCAAAGCCACGCCCAUUAGACACACAUGGGCGCGAGGUGGCGAAGGAGAUUGCCAAGCUUUGUGAAAGCUGCUGCCUUUUGUCUCCUGAUGCCUCUGCUGCAGCAGGGUUUGGCAACAGGGCAGGAACAAGAGAAUCAUGGCCGUGGCUGCUUCCGCUCAACCUGACCCUGGGCUUCUCUUUCUUUGCACUAUGGCGUCGACGUGGUGCAGGUUUUCCCUCGUGGUUUGGCACGUCAGCAGCUGUUUGCCUGGUGGCCUCCUGCUGCCAGUCUGUGUUUCUGUUUACCCGAGCAUCACUUUGGUGGGAGGCCAGAGCAACUUGCAAAGCCCUGCUUUGGCUUUUUGAAGAGGCUGAUGCAGCUGUGCAACUGCUCCGAUCUUUGGAACUGGAAGCGGAAGAGACAGAAGGAGGCCUUCGUUUGAGCGCCAUCGCUGCAGAUUUCUAUGCUGCAGCAGAGACUCAGGCUCGGCAGCUUUGUGCUCGCCUUUCGCUCCCCGGUGCUGAAUCGCAGACGAUCCCUGGCGCUCCACCUGGUGCCCAUGCUGGCGCCGCACGGCUGCGGCUGGCCUUUGCACGAGCCUGGCAGCUUCAAGAGGCCUCUCUGCUGGUGGCUUUGAGGAGCUGUGCAGCUGGGCGGCUCAAUGAUGCAAGGAUAGAGAUGAAAAGCUUGCGGCGGAUGGUGGAGGAGUCAGCGAGGUGCCUGAGAAGACAGUUGGCAUAUGCAGAAUCCUGCAAAGCAACAAUCUGUGGCGCACAAAGAGGUGCCAGAGAUGGGUCCGGUCCCAACGGUCCCGGUGGACUGGGAGCACGGGUGUCGCUGAGCCUGGCGCUCGCCACCUUCUCACAAGGAAUCAAGAGGCGUCACGAGGUGCUGCACUCUCCAGAGGCCUACAAUGCAUGGCUCCAGGACCUCAUUGGACGCCUGGAAGCGCAUCUAGAUGACCUGUCGAAGACUGAGCACCCAAAGCUGCCAGGUGGCAAUGAUGAAGCUCCCGUGGAGGUUGCGAAUCCACCUGCCAAGCCGGUCUCAAAGGGCAAAAUCUUGGAGGAGGCGGGCUACACUGUGCUCCAUGAAGCGUUGGGCGGAUGUGCUUCGCGCCCUCGUGUCACCAGCAAUGUGCAACUUUCGCAGGAAGAGGAGAUGCAAUUGAGAAGAGAUAGCAGAUCAGCUUGGCGUUCCUGUGUGGAAGAGCUUCAAGGCAAGCUGGAAACCAAGUCAGGAGCCGCGAGACUGUGGCAACAGCGUCAGGAGCGUAGCUCCAAGAUUGCCAGGGUAUGUGACGACGACGAGCUCCAGGCUUGGGGUGAUCUACCUCCACCAGAGGAAGGUGUGCGACCUUCUCGUCGUUGGCGACCUUCAGCAGCGCAACAGGAGCUCAUGCAGGUCCAAACGCGGACACUCCUGCCGUGAAACUGCAGUUUCUGUACUUCAAGCUGAGAAUCACAGGCGCUUUGCGCUCGACUGGAUGGCCGUGCAUCUGACCCAGAUGUUCUGGAAGGAUGAAGGUGAUGACUCGUCGAUGAGAGCAGGUG